AUGUUGUUCGUCCCUGACCAAUCUCUUCCCCAACUCCCAAGCAUUCCCGACACAGUGCCCCUCUGCGAUUUCAUGUUUGAUGAGCAGUAUGGACGGCACCCCGUUGCGACAUCUCUUGAUCCCUAUACUUGUGGACUGAGUGGUAGCAGUAUCUCGGCCCAGGAACAGAAAGGUCGUGUUGAGGCCCUUGCGAGAUCAUUGGCUCAGGAAUUCGGAUGGAGUGUCAAUCAGGGCAGUGAGUUCGACAAGGUGGUCGGCAUAUUUGCCCUCAACACUGUGGACAUAAUGGGAUUAUCCUGGGCCGUCCAUCGCUUGAAUGGCAUCUCUUCCCCUGCAAACGCGAUGUACAAUGCAGAAGAGCUCACACAUCAACUCGUGACAUCAAAGUGCAAAGCGCUCUUCACCGUUCAGUCUCUUCUGCCCGUCGCACUGAAAGCUGCUAAAGCUGCCGGUAUUCCAGAGUGCUGCAUCUACCUCUGCGACAUGCCUGGCCAGCAGGAGGCGAAGUUCGAACAGUACAAAACGGUCGCUGAGCUUAUUCUUCGAGGCCAAACUUUGCCACAACUUGAGCCAAUCAAGUGGAAUCGUGGUCAAGGACAAAGACAGACAGCAUUUCUCUGCUACUCCAGUGGUACCUCUGGUCUACCGAAAGCGGUCAUGAUCUCACACAAAAAUGUCAUUGCCAACAUUAUCCAAUUGUCACUUUUUGAUCAAGCAGACCGAGACGCCAUUGCUCCGGCGUAUCGCGACAUUGGACUUGGCCUUCUACCUCAAUCCCACAUCUACAGCCUGAUCAUUAUAUGUCACGCCUCAACAUAUAGGGGCGACUCGGUAAUCGUGCUACCAAAGUUCGACUUGAACACAUACCUCCGCACAAUAGAGUAUUUCAAAAUUAACACCCUCUAUCUCGUUCCGCCGUUGGUUAUCGCAAUGAUCAACAAUCUUGAAACACUAAAGAAAUACGAUCUUUCCUCCGUCAAGCGGGUGUGGGUCGGGGCGGCACCGUUAGGGCUGGAGGCAACUAAUGCACUGCUCUCCGCGUAUCCCUCCUGGAAGAUAACUCUCGGAUAUGGCAUGACAGAAACAUGCGUCGUUGUCACUUCCGGUACGCCUAGGGACAUUGUCGUUGGCAGUUCCGGCCUGAUUUUGCCAGGCUUUGAGAUCAUGCUCGUUGACCCGGACGGCAAGCGGGUGGACACAUACAACGAGCCGGGCGAGGUGUGGGUGAAAUCGCCAAGUGUUGUGCUCGGCUACCUGAAUAACGAGUCUGCAAAUCGCGACACUUUCGUUCACACGGAGAAUGGUCGGUUCAUCAAGACAGGAGACGUCGGGGAAAUGCGGAAGGCACCCAGCGGAAAGGAGCACCUCUGGAUCGUGGACCGAAUCAAAGAACUCAUCAAAGUCAAGGGUCAUCAAGUUGCUCCGGCUGAACUAGAGGCGUGCCUAUUGGGCCAUUCAAGCGUGGCGGAUUGUGCCGUCAUUUCUGUGCCGGAUGAUCGUGCCGGCGAAGUCCCAAAGGCUUACAUUGUCAAGUCGGGGCCAUGUUCCGAGAAGGGUAUCCAGGAGUACGUGCAGGCCAGGAAAGCUCCCCACAAAUGGAUCAAGGGAGGCAUCGAGUUUGUGGAUGCGAUUCCCAAGUCUCCUUCGGGCAAGAUACUAAGACGGUUGUUGAGAGACCGUGAGAAGCAGCGGCGUGCAGCAAAGCUAUGA